AUGGAGUUCCUGGGCACCACGCAGCUAGCCAGCUACUGCGGCGCCAGGAAGGGCUGCCUCUUCCCGCACCUCACUCCCACCAGCAUCACCCAGGACGCCUACCAGUCCUACUGCCCGCCGGGCUGCCGCAACCUCGGCGCCUGGAGUCCCGGUCUGCCUCACAUCGUGGGUUCUCGUCCUCCCAGCUCUACCAAGCGAUCUAAUCCUACGGGGCGGCCGCCCACUAUUCUGCCGGAGUUGCGCUCUACCCUGCAUACCCGCUACAGCAUCCGUGACUGGCACCAGGCCACCACGGCUCAGCUGAAGGGCUUUGAAGCCUCCCGGCACGCUGCUGGUAAACUGAACAGUGACUCCAUGAAACUGAUAUAAGAUAAGGACCAGCUCACCUAUCACAUGCAAGAAGCCAGCAGAAGAAACCUGGGAGAGAGGAUCUCCCACAUCGGUUUAUGGAGAUCGGAGCUCACCUACGAGCUACAGUGCCUGCUGAAAGAGACCCAUGCCUUGGAGACAAUAAAGUAGCAGCUUGAAAACGCUGCCAACGAAAUCCAAGGGCCGCUGAAGAAAGCCCUAGAGUGCUUGCACCAAUGUGAGAAGCGCAAGGGUAUAGACUUAGUUCAUGACAAUGUGGAAAAGAACCUCAUCAAGGAGGUUGAGGCAUUCAAGGGCUGUCAACAAAAAGUGACAAAACUUGCACAGAAAAUCAGUGAUCAGUUGGGCAUCAACAGAGAUGCACAGCAUGCCCUGGAGCAGGAUCUUUCUGACAAAAACGCAGCCCAUUUUAUUGAUGAGAAGUGCUUUAACCUGAGGAACACAUCGGACAGCAUCAGCUUUUACCAUGGAGUGGAGAAAGCAGGCGGGACUGUUUCAGUUCCUGCAACGUGGGCUAAAUUCAGUGAAGACAAUAUCAGGUGCUCUCAGCAUGCAAGGGCCAACUCUGUCAAGCUCCGAAAGGAGGCAGAGGUUGGGCUGGAGGGCAUGUCUGAGGAGAUGUGGAAUCAUUUCAUCAGCACCAAUAUCGCCUUCAAUAACCGUAUUGCGGAAGUAGCUGAUGCAAAGAACAAACUCCAAGCACAACUGGCCAAGAUAAUUCAGGAAAUCUUCCAGACAGAAGACACAAUCAUGUUACUGGAGCAAUCCAUAAAGGCGAAGGAGUACCCGCUGAAAGUGGCUCAGACCCGCCUGCAGGGAAGAACUAAACGACUCAACAUGGAACUUUGCCAGGAUGUGCCUCAGUUUCAGCUUGUGACUGAAGUUUACAGAAUAGAUGACACCUUACAGACCUUAAAGCAAUGUCUGCAAGAAGCCCGUGAUACUCUGCAGAUGCUGGUCCUCAACAAAUCAAACCUGGAACAUGAAAUUUCUGUGAAGGAAAACUCCAUCUUUAUUGACAAGUACUGUAUGGACAUGCGCAAAGUCUUCCCCAGCGCCCCACAGCUCAUUGGCUACGCUUGA